AUGUCUGUUCUACGAUAUACGAUCCCAGAUGCUUCAGUGAUCAAAGACACUGUCGAAGUUAAUUUCAACAUUGCACCAUGCAAAUUUCAGCUGCAGUGGGCAGGAAAAACACUAACAUUCUGGAUUCCCCUCCUUUUCAAUAAUGAUGGCAUGGUAGUCCUUAUUACUGCACUCAACGGACUCAGUGACCAGAAUAUCAAUGAGUUGCAGCAGCUGGGUAUUUCUGUGGUGAAUUUGACUGGUGCAAAUGCAACAGACAGCAUAAUCCAAUUGAUUGUUGCAAGCCCCGAGCUUAUUAUCAAUGACCGGUGCUUCAACAAUCUAUGGAGAAACUUUCGUCCUGAAUAUAGUCAACUUGGGAGACUUCGUUGGCUGCUGCCAUCACAUGUACCUUUUCACAUCGUCUCAGCGACCUUGCCAUCACACAUCCUGAAAGAUGUCUCAGUUGCUGUUAUUGAGAUGCUACAUUCAGCGAACAGCUUCCACAACAUCAAUCACAUCCUUCGCUUGCUACAAGGAAUACAUCCCCUGAAAUUCAUGAUAUUCUGUAACUCAAGACAAGACUCACAGAGAAUGGCUGAGUACCUGCACAGUCAGCUGCAUCCGGAGCUCCAGCAUAAGAUCAUUUGGUUUCACUCCAGAAUGAUGCAGGAAUUCAGGACUGACAUGAUGGAGAAGUUACAUGGAGGCAAAUUGUGGGGGAUGUGUUGUACAGAUGCUGUGGGAAUGGGACUGGACAUUCGAGAUGUUGAGUUAGUAGUCCAGUGGGGAUAUAUAUCCAGUCUGUGUACAUUGAUGCAAAGGUUAGGCCGUGCUGCUCGAGAUCCUUCCAUUGAGGCAAGCAGUAUAUAUUUUGUUGAAAAGGAUUACAAGAGAAGGAGGGGACAUGCAAAGAAGGUACAUCAUGGGAAACAGAAAGCGAGAGUCCAACAGGGGGCUGUGGGUGAUGUAAAGCGAGCUAUUGCAAUAAAGGGGAAUAAUGGAGGUAGGACUCAUGAACAGCCUGAGGGUCACGAGAGAAGUGAUAGCAGCAGUGAAUCAGAUGGUGAUGAACUUAAUGAUACCAUCGCAUCUUACAGGAAUACUGGGGUUGGCACUUCCACACCAACUCCUAGCAAGCUCCUGCCAUCAUCCACUGGUCUGUGCAUAGAAGAGUAUGAGGUAGCGGCCAUGGAAGCUUUCAUCGAUGCUGGAAAUCAAACAAUCUGUAGGUGCAGAAUAACAGAUGAGUACUUUGGGAAUAAUCUGAUUGAUGAGUUGUGGUGUUCUGAUGCGGCGGCUGUUCCUGACGUCUAUAACAUAAGAUGA